GCUCAGUGGUGUUGCGGAGUUAGGAUUGUCCGAAACUGUUUCUUCGUGAUUAUCCAUUCACAACAGCCGUUGCGCACAUAAUUUGGUCUAUCUACAUAGCUGUGUUGACGCCUUGAUGAAAUCAUCUUUUUCUUAUCAAACCAGUCAAAGCCAAGGGCAUAGCUAGCUAGUUGAUUAAAAUCUACGCAGCACUAAAUAUAAGAUAAUCUGUACUCGUUAUUAAACAGUAGUGCAAGUGUGCAAAAUAAUUUUCAUGCUUCUGUCAUACAUUGUGUUGGUAAAAAGCUUUAUUGACGAUACAUUAUUUGAAUACGUCUCUUAAGGUUGAUUCACAGAUUAACCAUCUCGAUUGUAUAAAAAAAAAAAAAAAAACCUAGUGGAACCUUUUUGAAAAAAUAUGUUUCCAUCACGGCAGUCGAAGUAGUGAGACUCGUCGCAAUUUUUUUAUAUCACCUUUUCCACUUCCUGGAUCUUGACUCCAGCGUUUGACCAGCGUGGAGGGAGGAGGUAGAUUUCGUGAAGACCAUGGUGCUGAAAGAGAUUCCUGCCGAUAAUUUUACUCGGCCCCUAGGCCGCAACGAAGUCAUAGGCUUACUUUUCCGUCUGACAAUAUUUGGCGCUGUGACCUAUUUUACCAUAAAAUGGAUGGUAGAUGCUAUUGAUCCCACAAGGAAACAAAAAGUUGAGGCACAGAAACAGGCAGAGAAGCUCAUGAGGAAGAUUGGUGUGACGAAUGUCAAGUUGUCAGAGUAUGAGAUGAGCAUUGCUGCUCAUUUGGUGGACCCUUUAAGUAUGCAGGUCCAGUGGAGUGAUAUCGCUGGCUUGGAUGAUGUAAUUACUGAGCUGAAAGACACAGUCAUACUUCCCAUCCAGAAGCGACACUUGUUUGAGGGAUCCAGGCUGCUCCAGCCGCCAAAAGGUGUGCUGCUGUACGGGCCUCCUGGCUGUGGCAAGACACUGAUCGCCAAGGCCACUGCCAAAGAGGCGGGUUUCCGCUUCAUCAACUUGCAGCCUUCCACCCUCACGGACAAGUGGUACGGAGAGUCCCAGAAACUCGCGGCCGCAGUGUUCUCGCUGGCCAUGAAGCUGCAGCCCUCCAUCAUCUUCAUUGAUGAGAUUGACUCGUUCCUCCGGAGCCGUUGCAGCUCUGACCACGAGGCCACGGCCAUGAUGAAGGCCCAGUUCAUGAGCUUGUGGGACGGGCUGGACACUGACUUUAACUGCCAGGUCAUAAUUAUGGGAGCCACGAACCGCCCGCAGGAUCUGGAUUCUGCCAUUCUUAGGAGGAUGCCUACCAGGUUUCACAUCAACCAGCCUAAUCUAAAACAGAGGGAACAAAUCUUGAAGCUUAUAUUGGAAAAUGAAAAUGUGGAUUCCAGCGUUGACCUGUGCGACGUGGCGAAGGAAACGGACAGCUUUUCCGGAAGUGACCUCCGGGAGAUGUGCCGAGACGCCGCGCUGCUCUGCGUCAGGGACUUUGUUCACAGCAGCCGGGCUGAUAAUUGUCCGGAAGAGGAUUACAUCAGGCCAAUCCAGCAGCAGGAUCUGCAGAAGGCCAUACAGAAAAUGAGGAAGUCCAAGUCUGCAGGAGCACAUAAUGUUCUGGUGCACCCUACUUUGGACUGAGUCUGCCCCAGGGGAAGAGGUCCAGGGAGAGAGGAUUCACACAAUCCCCCCCCCCCCCCCCCCCCCGGCCCCAAUUAAGUUUAUAUGUCAUCAUUUAAAAAAAAAAUAAAAAUAAAGAACUGGUUUCAAGGUGUGGAGGGGGAGCACAGGCACGGUCUGGAUUUAAAGGAGAGAAUGUAGUCACUCCUUCGGAAAUCUUCCGGACACACCACGAUCCACAUGGUUCAGGGGUUCUGCCGUGCAAUUGUUCCCAUUGAACGCUGCUUCUCUCUUUAUUGAAAUCCUCUUUGUUCUUCCAAAAAUCUGUGAGUGCUGGAUAUCACAAAAUCUCUACAGUACAUCUGAAGGGGUACACCGGGUGCCUCUGACUGUUGAUAAAAAAUUAAUAAUUAAAAAAAUGUCCUGCUACAGUAAAGAGGAAUGAGGAACUCUUAUCCAUAUGGAAAUGGUGGAAAAGUGCUAAAUAACAGGUUUUUUUUUGGGGGGGGGGGGGUUAAGGGUUGGUGAUGGCCAGAAUGGGGACUGUUGAACACCCUGGGCCAGGUGGUAUAACUACUGGCAUUAAGUGAUGAGGUGCAUUUACGGAGUUCAAGAUGAUGGACUGAAAAUUAACUAUUGCCGUAGUGGAGGUGGAGAGGGGAAUUUGAUUCAAGAUUUGAAGGCGUCUGUGUUCUUUUGGUUUAUGACUCUUCAAGUACAUGGAACCAUUAUUUAUUGACAUAGUUUAGGUUAGCGGUUUCAUUAACUGGUCUAAUAUUACUAAUUUACGGUAAGAGGAGGAGAAGUGGGUUGCGCAUGGUGCUCUCUUGACUUGUUCCUCGUUACCUCAAGUCAUGGAAGUGGAGUUGUUACCUCAUUCCUUUGAAUGGCAGUUCAGUGGUUAGCCCAGAGGUACACUGACAAACCGCUGCUGUACAAUGCUUCUUGUGCUGAUUUUACAUUGCUUGUACAGUUUGUUCCAUUGGCGUGAUACAAUACAAGCAGAAUGUAUGGGGAGAAUCAAGUCGCCUAAUGGGUCUUUUCUGCAUAUAAUGGACUUAAAUUUCUCCUUAAGUAAAAUGAGGGUGUUGGAAAAUAUAAAUAAAUGUAUUGCAAAGACAAAAUUGCCAAUUCUAUGUUACGUUUGUUUUAAGUUUUCUGUGAACUAUAUUUGGAGGUCAUGUUUAGUGUUUUACAUUUUGGUCUUAAUUAUUGAACUGCUGUUUUAAUAAAACAUCAGUUAAAACACCCUUUCUGUUUGUGUGUUAAAUAAGGAAAACAGAAGUAGAUAUAAAUUCUAAAUGCAAGAAAACAAGUGUGAUGGAUAAUGGGGAGCUGAUCGGCUCUUUGAAUAGGAAAUGAGUGCCAAUAUUAGGCUAAUUAUUUUGCUUUUGACGUCUGCAGUCUUCCACUAGUUUAAAAAUCUCAAAAUGAAUGCUGCAUCUACACCAUAUACUGUAAAUAUGGACUGACUGUUAAAGUGUACUCAUUUGCAUGCACUAUAACAUGCAAAAACUGAGCAUAUUUACUUUUUAUGGUUUUAUGCAUAUUUUAGCAGUGGCAUAUUUGAAGAUACUGGAAAACUGCACUACCCCAGGGUGCUAUAAGCAGUCGUGUGCCCUAACACCUUGAACUUAAUUAAUGAUGUCCUUGCAACUGCAGAAUGUGGCAAAAUUGAUUUUGUAGUUCAACCAUGUGACCUAUGGGUAUGUAUUGGGAGUUUUUGAGAACAGGAUUAAAUAUACUGAAAAUAAUCUUGCAAGCUGAACUUUUGUUCAGCCAUUCCUUCACUGUAGUUUUCUCUGUAAGAAAUAAAUACUUAAAAACCUAAAUGCCCUUGUUGGGCAUCUAGGACCAACAAGUAUGGGGGUAAAAGGUUUCAAUGCAUGCUACAAUUUUGGUGUGUGAAAAAGGCUUGUAUGCUUAUUGGAACUCAGGCACAGUCUGAAUGUGGACAAAGGACACUGCAAAAAGGCAAUAAAUGUAAAGUUUUAAUUUCUACUAAAACUCUGGUUUAUAAAUUUUAAAUGGUAAGCAGCUACUGUAAAUAUUAAAAGAUAAUCAGUUAAGGCACAAAGAUUGACAUUAAUAAAUACUUUUUUU